AUGUUUUGCGCCAAGUGCCGUCAACUCAAACCCCACGGUAACGAUACCUGGUGCCUUUCCUGCUCAGCGUGGGAACAGCUUGGUCACGAGAUCAGUGCUGCUUGGUCUAACCCAGCGCUGAGGUCUGUGGCUGGGGAGGCUGUGAUAGCCACCACCCAGCAGGUGAGGGCUCUGCGAUCAUUCGCGUUGAGCCUCAAGAGCGCUGGCGACAGCCGCGCUGCUCACUCAGCUGCUUCGGGGAAAGGCUCUGCCAGGAGUGUUAAAGAGGAGGACGCACACGAGGACGAAGAGGACCUUGAAAGUGAAACAGCUGAAUCAGGUGAAUCUGAAGCUCCUUUGGGGGUUACUGCAAAAGCAGAUCCGGCCAGGCGCCCUCCAGAGCCGAAGGAGCCGCCAAGGAACCAUCGCAGUCCGCCCCGUGAGCGACGGGAUCGAGAAGACACAGAGCGCCCUGACAGAGAACGUUCCGAGAGAGGAACCAAGAAGAAGGAAAAGAAGAAGAACCGAGGUGAUCGAGGUCGACGAGGUGGCAGGCGCCACUGCGGGCUUUACCGACAGUUGGAGGAUCCAGACAUUAGGGUGCGUCAACGACCCCCUGCGGGUUUCUGGGACACCCCUCGAGAGGAGGCUUGGAAUGCUCUGGUGUUAAGCCGUGGAUGCAUAAUCGAAGCCUUGUUGCCAAAUGGCGUGCUUGGAGAAGAAGUGGAUGUAUGGGGAGGUUUUCUAGUCAUGGAAUCUCGCCUCAACUCUGCCGAUUCCAGCUGGUUGUUGGACGUGAAGAGCCUGGGUUGUUCCAGCCCCGAGGUCACUCGCGAGCUUUCAGGAUUUUUCAACAGAAAACCAGGACGUCUUCACCUUUGCACCGAUUCUUUCUGCACUCUGGAUUCCGACGGAGUGCUGCACGUGCAGCGCUUGCGCACUUACAGUGUAGAAGGCUUUCACAGGAGCUACUUGACCCACUAUGUCAGGGGUCAGAUGAAAAAGUGGCUCAAGGAAGCAGGCCUGUUAGCAGACGACGAUCAAGAAGAGGUGGAACCACCAGUGAUUGGAGAACGAGCUCGAGGACGAGGCAAAGAGGCGCCCAAAGCAAGUCCAAAGGUUGCUGGGGGAGCUCCCAAGACCAAGUUGAAGGAGCCCGCAACAGAGCCGAAAAGGCGCAGGCCUGCCAAAGAGGAAGAAGAAGAGAGGAGAGAGGCCUUGAGAAGGCGUCUCCGCGCUGCCAGGGACAAGAUGUCGCUUGGCGCUGGAGGAAGUGCGGCCCCUCGAGAGAGCGCUGUCCACGGAGACGCUGCGCUGGAAAUAGAGGAGGCCGAUACUAUAUCCAUAGCGUCUUCGAGUCCCGGGUAUUCUGCCUCUGUGCUGGACGAGAACCUAGCGACCGGGACCCUGAUGCAGCCCCUAGGCAGAGGACCUCAACGCGUGGCCAACGCCCCACACGUUCCGGGCUCAGCCGGGCCAGCAGUCAAGAAGAAGAAAAAGAAGAAGAGACAGAAAGCAGCCAAGGAGAAGACAGAAGGGAUCGACAAUUUGCAGCUGGUGGCCACAAGCGGUGGUACUACGAACAGCUUGCAGAAACAACUGUUGCAGCGGGCCGCAGAGACUUCGCAACUACAAUUGCUGAAACGCAAACAGUCGCACAAGAAGAACUCGUUGGCAGCUGCUGGCAAAGCGCUAGUUCAGAUCCUUACCAAGUCUGGGAAGGAUGGCAAGCACUCGAAGGAGGAGAGCAAGAAGAAAAGAAGGAGGAGAAAGAGGAAGAUCAAGAGAGAAGGGGGUGGAGACCCCAACAGCCCCUCAGGGAGCAGCCCGACUUCGAGUGGCGACGACGGCUCUGGGACGUACUCGGAGGAGUCGUCGGAGGAGUCAGUUGGGGAUCAGAUGGAAGCGCCUUUGAGGAAGAAAUCGAAGAGGCGACCGGGAAGUGUGCUACAACUUCUUGUGGCCCAUGCCAGGCAGCAGCUGGACCAGACAGCAAAGGUCGAGGUUGCGCCGGAGGGGACAGAUCCCACAACAGGGGUGAAACUUGCCAGUUACUUCAACAUCUGCAUCCGUCCUCAGCUUGGUCAGGCUAUGACGCAGAUUCGAGAGAUGCACCAUCUCAGCAACACCAUGGAUUGUCUGCGCCGUGGCGACUUGGGACUGGUGGGAGACCUCCUUGCGUCACGGUUCAUCAGUCUUCACCAGUCAGUUCUGGAUGGCAGUUGGCAGGCGGCCAGGCACUUGGAGAUUCUGCCCAUGGAGGAGGUAUCGGCGGCGGGUCAGAGCAUUGUGUUGAAGGCCCGCAAGCAUGCCAGGCUUACGGCCAAGGCGAGCGCCAAACGUCGACACGAACAAGACAAAGGAGAAGCCAGGCGAGAAAGGAACGUGAAGGAUGGCGCGCUGGCUUGGGCCGAGCGUCGCUCGCCAAAUUGGAUGAGUGCUAACGUUGGACAGCUUACUGUGUCGCUGAGGGAAGCGCUUGGUGCGUGCACCAGUUACAAGCAAACAGGUUGCGUUUUGGCUUGGUGGAUGGUAGUUGAGGAACGUUGGCGCUUGUCUGAUAGUUUCACACAGGAGCUUUGGGGCAGUCUUUUUGAAAAAGCAGCCGCAAGAGCUCAGUCGCGCGCUCGCGGUAAGGGAGCGACUUUUCCUCUCCGUGAGGGAGAGUUGAGUGAAUUUGUUGCAACCUACAGCCGUUUACCACUUGGUGACGCUAUAGCUCCUGAAAAUGUUGAAGCUUGGAGCCACCAGGCGUGGUUAUUUUUGAUGAUGUGCUGCUUGAACCGCUUGGCGGGCCACAGCGCCCACUUAUUGCCGGGGCGCUGGACGUCGUCCGAGCGACAAUGCACUCGUAGCCUGCAUGCGGCCGUGACUCGGCGGCUGGCGAAAGAUGCCCAGCAGGAGCCGAUGAGCGAGGCCGAUUGGCAAAAAGAUGUGAGAAGCAAGCGUGUUGGUUAUUCAGGGGAGGAGAUUACAUCUUGCCAUGUUUUAACUUGGGCUCAAAUUGAAUCUUCACUUCCCCCCGAAGGUCACGGUGGAUGUAUUGAUGCUUUAGAUUGGGUUGGACCUAGGACUAGAGACUUCUUGCUCAACCCUGAACGCUUGCUUAAGCCUGUUGCUGACGUGGAUCUGCCCCGCAUGCCGGGUCGUGUCCACAUUGAUCCUCAUGACAAACCCAAGAUUGCAGGGGAACUGGUUAGGCGCAACAUUUGUUCGUGGUUGCCCUUAAGCCAAGUUUAUCAGGUGGGAGGCACCAAGGUCCUUAACGGUUUAUUUGGGGUAAGCAAACCUUCUGUUUUGGGAGAUGGCAGACCUGUACUUCGUUUGAUCAUGAACCUCACGGGGUCUAACAGUACGCAGUGGCAGCUUCAAGGUGGCUGUGAAUCGCUUCCAUCCAUCACUUGUUGGCAAAGCGUGGUUUUGGAUGGAAAUGAAACCCUGAGUUUAUUCCAGUCUGACAUGUCGUCAGCAUUCUAUCUAUUUAGGGUGCCGAAGGUUUGGCAUCCCUACUUAGCCUUCAACGUUUGUGUUUCUGGUGAAACUAUUGGAUUAGCCCCUGGAGUUGAGUUCUGUUUAGUUUGCAACGUCAUACCAAUGGGUUGGUUGAACAGCGUUGGAAUUAUGCAAGAGAUCUCCGAAAACCUCCUGAAGCGUAGCCCUCUUAAUGAGCUCAACCAGAUCUGUCGUGGAAGACCUUUACCUGCAUGGAUGAAUGAAAUCAUCAAAGAAUCGGUUGACAUUGACUCUUCUUGGUUUCAUGUUUAUUUAGACAACUUUUGUGCCGGUGAGCGUUUAGUCCCGGAUGGUAGUGCCACCAGGGGAUCUCGGUGUCAUGACUUGGCGGAGCAGUCUUGGUUGGAAGCGGGGGUUAUUACUUCAGCAAAGAAAAGGGUUUCUGCUGCUCAACAAAUUACAGAACUUGGAGCGGAGAUCUGCGGAGAAACGCAGACCUUGGGAGUUGGAAUGGAUAAAACACUGCGUUUGAUUUUGGGGACACUGUGGUUGAGUAUGCAGAGGAUACUGAAUAGAAAGCACCUGCAAAUCAUGGCGGGUCGUUGGGUUUUUCAACUUCAAUUCCGCAGGCCGGGCAUGGCAGUGAUGCAAGACAUUUGGAAAUUUAUUGGAGGCAAAGCAAAGAUCACACACCGUUUGAAACAGAGUGUUAGACGAGAGUUAUUUAUGCUGGUCUGUUUGUCACCCUUGUGGCACUGUUUUCUUGGAGCUAGCGUGGCGGAGAAGAUCGUUGCUACCGAUGCCUCCGAAACAGGAGGGGCUGUUGGAACAGCCGAAACGUUGACUGCAGAAGGGGUUGACUUCCUACAGGGAGCCAAGAAGGUCGAGAUGGGUGAUGGGAGUAUUCCUUCCCCCAUUUUGCUGAUCAGCCUAUUUAAUGGGAUAGGCGGCUGUUUUCGUGCCUAUGACUCCGUUGGAGUCUUGCCCAUGGGCAGAGUGGCAGUUGAGUGUGAUGCUGGCGCCAAUAGGAUUACCAGCAGGAGAUGGCCGGGCACGGAAUUUGAAGAGUUUGGAUGCUCAAUUGUGGUCAAACAUGCGGUGGAGAAUGUUGCGUCAAUGGAUGCUGAGGCAUGCCAAGAAAUUUCGUCAGUUUUGGGAAGUGUUCCCUAUCUGUUGGAUUGUGUGCAAGCGGUGCCUAUGCGACGUCCUAGAUAUGCCUGGGUGUCGGAGGAUUUGGAUGGUUCAAUUGAAGGGGUUGAAGUUCACCCCAACACUUACUGGAGGGAUGUCUUCGCUUAUGCUGACUAUCCACUGACGUCACAGUGGUUGGCCCCUGAUAGGAUUUGGGAAGGAGAAGCUAGUUCACACCACGGCUUUCCUAUUCUCAUUUGGCCCGUAGACUGGGCAUGGCACCAGGUUUCAGAGCACAUAUACGAAGUACAGGAGAACUUGCACGACGUUGAUCAUUUUGUCUGCGUUUGGAUUAAGAAAAUGUGGCGAUCUGGAGAGCCACUACUUACUAUUGGAGACGGACUUUGUGCAUUGCAAUAUUUUGAGCCAACCACACGACGUCAACUGCACCACGCAUGGAAACUUUUUACAGUAUGGAGACGCAUCGAAGUCCCCAGCAGAGCUCCGCCGCUCACGCGUCAACUCAUGCGUGGGAUGGCAGCUUAUGAGAUGGAGCAUGGCCGUUUAGAAAUGACGGUUAUGUUGCUGCUUGGUUUCACUUGUCUUUUGCGUACAGGAGAAUUACUGAAUUUGACCAUUCAUGAUUUUUCGUUGGGAAAGGAUUCUGGUGUCUGUGCAUUGAAACAAACCAAGUCUGGAAGACGCGACAAUGUCAACGAGGUAGUGGCUUUUGACGACAUGAUCACGCUUGAAUCGGUGCGAGAGCUUAUUAAAUUUCGUCAGAUUUCAUCUACUGGCAUCAAACUUUGGUCUGGUACUCCUGCCUUCUUUCGGCAGCAAUUUCGUCUCUUGUGUGACACAUUUGAUUUGUCCGCUCAUGAGUUUCGCCCUUAUAGCCUUAGAAGGGGAGGUGCAACCCACUUGUUUCAAUCUACCAAUUCUAUGGAGGCUGCACUGACCAAAGGACGCUGGCAAUCAAUGCCUAGUGGCAUGCCCGCGGUGAGGCAUGUUGGCGGUGAUGCCGACACCCUUGAAUGGUCUUGA